GCAGAGAGCUUCUUUUCCCAACUAAAAACCUCUCCGUUCUCCCCUAUAAUUUUUCCAUAUAAUGAACUUCUACUACUAUUGCUUGAAAAUAAACUUGCGUAGAGCUUUCUUGAAACCCUAAUUUCUUUAUCAAGAAAUGGUUGGAUUUUCUCACGUCAUUAACAACCUAAAACCUUCCAAAAACAUCAAACAAGAAGAACCUCUUCCCGACCCUGAUUUCCCUGAAUAUUCAACACCACUAGUUAAUUCUUCUAUACCUGAUUUCGAUUUCAUAGACGAGUGGCUUAAAGAAACUGAUUCCAUGGAUACCCAAGUUUCGCUUAAGAAUGACGAAGCUGCUAAUGGCGGGAAUCCCAUUGAAGUGAAAACUGAGCUGUUAUGUUCUAUGGAAAUUCCUGUAGUUCAAGAAACUUGUAAAGAAUCAAUUGGUAUUGAUUCUUCUAUUGAGAUAGCGUUGGAGAAAGUUAGUCUAGUUGGAACCUCUGAGAGUUCUGAUAUUCUUGAUAUGAACAGCGAGGCUGUCGUUACCUCUGGAAGUAGGGAUUGUUUGCUUGAAAAGAAUUUGAUGGUGAGCGAAGGAGGAGGGAAUCCCAUUGAAGAAACUGAUUCCAUGGAUACCCAAGUUUCGCUUAAGAAUGACGAAGCUGCUAAUGGUGGGAAUCCCAUUGAAGUGAAAACUGAGCUGUUAGGUUCCAUGGAAAUUCCUGUAGUUCAAGAAACUUGUAAAGAAUCAAUUGGUAUUGAUUCUUCUAUUGAGAUAGCGUUGGAGAAAGUUAGUCUAGUUGGAACCUCUGAGAGUUCCGAUAUUCUUGAUAUGAACAGCAAGGCUGUUGUUACCUCUGGAAGUAGGGAUUGUUUGCUUGAAAAGAAUUUGAUGGUGAGCGAAGGAGGAAGGAAUCCCAUUGAAGAAACUGAUUCCAUGGAUACCCAAGUUUCGCUUAAGAAUGACGAAGCUGCUAAUGGCGGGAAUCCCAUUGAAGUGAAAACUGAGCUGUUAGGUUCUAUGGAAAUUCCUGUAGUUCAAGAAACUUGUAAAGAAUCAAUUGGUAUUGAUUCUUCUAUUGAGAUAGCGUUGGAGAAAGUUAGUCUAGUUGGAACCUCUGAGAGUUCCGAUAUUCUUGAUAUGAACAGCAAGGCUGUUGUUACCUCUGGAAGUAGGGAUUGUUUGCUUGAAAAGAAUUUGAUGGUGAGCGAAGGAGGAGGGAAUCCCAUUGAAGAAACUGAUUCCAUGGAUACCCAAGUUUCGCUUAAGAAUGACGAAGCUGCUAAUGGCGGGAAUCCCAUUGAAGUGAAAACUGAGCUGUUAGGUUCUAUGGAAAUUCCUGUAGUUCAAGAAACUUGUAAAGAAUCAAUUGGUAUUGAUUCUUCUAUUGAGAUAGCGUUGGAGAAAGUUAGUCUAGUUGGAACCUCUGAGAGUUCUGAUAUUCUUGAUAUGAACAGCGAGGCUGUUGUUACCUCUGGAAGUAGGGAUUGUUUGCUUGAAAAUAAUUUGAUGGUGAGCGAAGGAGGAGGGAAUCCCAUUGAAGAAACUGAUUCCAUGGAUACCCAAGUUUCGCUUAAGAAUGACGAAGCUGCUAAUGGUGGGAAUCCCAUUGAAGUGAAAACUGAGCUGUUAGGUUCUAUGGAAAUUCCUGUAGUUCAAGAAACUUGUAAAGAAUCAAUUGGUAUUGAUUCUUCUAUUGAGAUAGCGUUGGAGAAAGUUAGUCUAGUUGGAACCUCUGAGAGUUCUGAUAUUCUUGAUAUGAACAGCGAGGCUGUUGUUACCUCUGGAAGUAGGGAUUGUUUGCUUGAAAAGAAUUUGAUGGUGAGCGAAGGAGGAGGGAAUCCCAUUGAAGAAACUGAUUCCAUGGAUACCCAAGUUUCGCUUAAGAAUGACGAAGCUGCUAAUGGCGGGAAUCCCAUUGAAGUGAAAACUGAGCUGUUAGGUUCUAUGGAAAUUCCUGUAGUUCAAGAAACUUGUAAAGAAUCAAUUGGUAUUGAUUCUUCUAUUGAGAUAGCGUUGGAGAAAGUUAGUCUAGUUGGAACCUCUGAGAGUGCUGAUAUUCUUGAUAUGAACAGCGAGGCUGUUGUUACCUCUGGAAGUAGGGAUUGUUUGCUUGAAAAGAAUUUGAUGGUGAGCGAAGGAGGUGGGAAUGACGUUUCUUUGGUUGAUGAUCCGACAAAAUCAGAUAAUAAUGUCGAUGAAGGUGAUAAAGAGAGUAGUGAGAUAGUUAAAGAUAGCAAAGAUGGUGAUGAUAGUAGUGAGUCUGAGUCUGAGUCUGAGGAUGAUGAUGAAGAGUCCGAGGAUGAGUCAUCUUCAAGUAGUGAUUCAAGUGAUGAAGAAGAGGAGGAAGAGAAGAUGGCUGAUGUUGAAGAAGGUGAAAUUAAGGAUUUAGAGGAGUUGAUUGGGGAAAGUGAUGGAGACGAGAAAGGGUUUUCAGUGAAAGGACCUAUUAAGUCCAAGAAUGAGGUUCAGGAUCUUCCUCCAGUUCCAAAAGUGGAUCUCACCUUGGAACCACAUCACCAGACAUUACCUGUGGGAGUUGUACUGACUAUGAUGGAUGCUAAAGUUAUUGUAGAAGGGGUAGAGAAGCACAAUCCUCUCAAUGAAGGCUCUAUCCUUUGGAUAACAGAAUGCAGAUCAGUGCUUGGAUUGGUGGAUGAAAUUUUUGGGCCUGUUAAGAACCCGUACUACGUUGUUAGAUACAAUUCAAAAGAGGAAGUCCCUGCUGGAAUUUCUGAAGGUACCCUAAUCUCCUUUGUUGUGGAGUUUGCGGAUCAUGUCCUCAAUGACAAAAAUAUUUACAAGAAGGGGUAUGAUGCAUCUGGUGAGAACGAUGAGGAGUUGACUGACGAGGCUGAAUUUUCGGAUGAUGAAAAGGAAGCUGAGUACAAGAGAAUGCAAAGAAUGGCAAAGAGGGGUCCUUCAGAUGAUAAGAAGCAUGGGAAGCGGGACUUCGUUGAGAAGAAGAAGUUUCAGCAGAAGCCUAGAAACGUGAACAACAAUCAAACUUCAUUCCCACCUUCAAGUGUUCCUCAUCACCAGAUCCAUGGUGGUUCCGGUAGUUCUCCAUCCCCUUUUGGAACAGGAAUGACAAAUGAUUUUAGGCCUCCCUUUGGCCCAUCUACCGCACAGGUCCCACAGGCUCACAGUGGUCCUGCUCCACAGCAGCAUUCACUGCGUCCCAACAUGGGUCCUGCAUUACAACAGCAUCCAAUGCCCUCCAACAUGGGUCCUGCAUUACAGCAGCAUCUAAUGCCCUCCAACAUGGGUGCCGCACAACAGCAGCAUCCACUGCCUUCCAACAUGGGUAUCGCACAACAGCAGCAUCUACGGCCUUCUAACAUGGGUGUCGCACAACAGCAGCAUCCACUGCCUUCCAACAUGGUCUGGCCAAAUGGGCAGCCAUAUCAGCAGAAUGUCGGUUUCGCUAAUGGAUUUCCCAUGAAUGCAAUGCCGUAUGUCUCGUAUCAACAACCUCAGCCUUUCUAUCAGCCACAAAUGUUUACAGGAUUCUCAAGUGGGCCCCCAAUGCCACAGCAUUAUAAUCCUAGCCAAAGGCCGAUAUUACAGCCAAUGCCAUAUGGGCCAUCAAAUAUCCCUCCAGGGAUGCCACCGGUUAUGCCUGUGUUCAUGGCCCAACCUGGGUUCAACCAGGGACCUAUUCGGAUGGGUUUUCAGGGUUUUCCACCACGCCCACACAUGAACCCUGGAGAACAAGGAGUUCCACCCCAGGGAUCACCCAAUGAACAUCAUAUGAAUGUGGGAGAACAAGACACUCAGUCUCAAGUACAAGGACCAUCAAAUGAUCAGAUUAACGGAGUGCAACCACCUUCAACACAAGGCAAUUUUUCAGCUCAGAAUAGGUUUAAUAAUCGGGGAGCACCACGUGGAAGAAGACCAUAUCGGCGAGGCGGUGGGAGGGGUCGACAUUAAACGAGGCUAUCAGGAGACCUAGAUAUCUUACCUGCUAGAGUUUCUCCUGGUGUGACACCUUUGUAACCCCACUUGCAAGCUAAGCUUAUGCUCUCUGCAGCAUAUCUACAUACACAAUUAUCGGCAAACAAUGAAGAUGGACAAUUUCAAUUGAGUGGUACUUGAAACAAAGUAAGAGGCUAAGGAAUUUUCAACU